AUGUCUGGUUUUGUGUUGGUGAUCAUCUUCUUUGUGGCGGCCCUCAUCGGUACCAUGGUAUGGUAUCUGAAGUCGCACAGUGAACCGGUCCUUUCGGACGAUCGGCGUCAAUCCGUGAGCCGGCAGCCCUCCUUCACUUACUCCGAGUGGACGGAUGACAAAAUCGAGGACUUCAUGGAUUUUGAGCCCAUCCCGGACACCCCCGUUUUCGAUUGUCUGAUGGAUAUUAGGGGUGAUAUGGACCAAGGCACGCUCAGCGUCAAACCUGUGGGCCUCCAGGAAAGGCGUGGCUCCAACGUGUCCCUGACCCUAGACAUGUGCACACCCGGAUGCACAGAGCCCUACGGACAUAUCAUGUCACCCAGGGAGCAGUCCACCCGGGAAUAUCUCCAAACUGCCGGGAGCAUCCUCACACCCCCGAUGACCUACACGAGAAAGCCUGGACUCUUUUACUCUUCAGAAGGAGUUUCUUUGAGAUCCCCAUGAACUUUGUUGACCCAAAGGAAUACGAAAUUCUCGGCUUAGUCCGAAAAAACAGAUACAAAACCAUACUCCCAAAUCCACAAACCAGAGUGUGCCUUAUAUCACCAGACCAAGAGGACGACCCUCUGAGUUCCUACAUAAAUGCCAAUUACAUUCGAGGUUACGACGAAGAGGAGAAGGUUUACAUUGCCACUCAGGGACCCACAGUGAACACUGUUGGAGAUUUCUGGAAGAUGGUCUGGCAGGAACGUUCCCCCAUUAUCGUCAUGAUCACCAACAUCGAGGAAGUCAAUGAGAAAUGUACAGAAUACUGGCCAGAGAAACAGGCUAUAUAUGAAGGAAUAGAAGUGAUAGUGAAAGACAUCAUCCCAGAAGAUGACUAUGUACUAAGAAUCAUGACUUUAAAGAGUGGUGAGGAAGAACGGACCCUAAAGCAUUUCUGGUACACCUCAUGGCCAGAUCAGAAGACACCAGAUCAGGCUCCACCUCUCUUGAAACUGGUGCAGGAUGUGGAGGAGGCCAGGCAGAAGGCAGAUUAUGAUGUCGGACCUGUCAUUGUACACUGCAGUGCGGGGAUUGGAAGAACCGGCUGUUUUAUCGCUACCACAAUCCUGUGUAAGCAGCUGAAGAACGAGGGAACGGUGGACAUUCUGCGGACCACCUGCCAGCUACGGUUAGACAGGUAA